CAAGCAUACGUAUAAACGUCACACUUGUAGCAGCAUCUAGUGGCAAACGUCGCACGUCGUCGACCCAAUUCGCCUUGGCGCUUUCUGGACCCAACAAGUUCGGUUUUAUAAGUCCGGCUUUCUCACGCACAGCCCGGCUGGCUGAUUAAGCUUCUCCACGGGAUAAAUACAUGAACGGGAUUUGUUCUGUCCACGUAAGCUAAGCUAAGGUUUAGCCACGAGAGCUUUUAGGUUGUUGACGUCUUCGUUUGUGCAAACGCGCCAUGGUUUUGCUAAAGAACCUCCGACCUCCUACCGAAGGAAUUCGGCUGCAGCAGGCCGACACGGCGGCCGUCUUGGACGGACACAAGCUGGGCAACGGGACGCUCUAUGUCACCGAAACGCGUUUGUCGUGGUUUGAUGGUGCGGGGUUGGGGUUCAGUCUGGAGUACCCUACCAUCGGCCUGCACGCCAUCUCCAGAGAUGUCAGCGCUUACCCCCAAGAACAUCUCUACGUCAUGGUCAACGGAAAACUCAGCGAGGAGAAUGAGGCCGAAAUGGCAGAGAAGCCGGCAGAAGAUGAGGAUGACGGAGUGGGUAGUUCGGAAGAUGAAGAUGAUGGUGGAGAUGAUGAGGAAGGAGGCAUCACGGAGAUUCGAUUUGUGCCCGGUGACAAAGCAGUGUUGGACUCGAUGUUUGCGGCAAUGUGCGAGUGUCAGGCGCUGCAUCCUGAUCCUGAAGAUGAGGAUUCUGACAAUGACUUUGAAGGAGAAGAGUACGACGUGGAGGAGGCCGAGGCCGGUAAGAGCAUCCGUCACACACUCUGAGCUUGAACCCGUUUUUAACAGUGCGUCGCAAUCCUUGGAUCAGAGCACGGCCACGCCGACAUCCCGACGUUCUACACGUGUGACGAGGGUCUGUCUUCACUGACUCAGGAGGGCCAAGCCACGCUUGAGAGGCUGGAGGGCAUGUUGGCACAAAGCGUGGCACAGCGAUACCACAUGGGCGGUGUACGCACCGAGCAGGGAGACGGACGCUUUGAAGAUGGCAUGGAGGUGGAUGGAGAUGCUGAUGCAGAAGCAGGACAGUUUGAGGAUGCAGAUGUUGACCACUGAUGGACCACGGGUGCAUCGUGGCAGCUGCACUCCUUCAAGGCGUCCUGGGCACUUGCUGUUUGUCGCUGUUAGUCAUCCCAAGUUGUGUUGUUGCUAACCAAAAUAGUUCAUUCCUCCCCAAGUUACUUUUUGUAUGUAAACAAAUGUAACAAUGAGGCAUCGUUUGUAGUCAAUUCUCAAUAAAAGAUUACGUUUUCUAGAAA